AUGUUAUUAUUUGGACGAAAUGAAUUAUUUGCAAAUUUCUGUGGUCUCUUAACGAACUGGUUUCUAUUCACAGCGUACCGAUUAAGUGAAUUUUUGUUAGUAACGAAUUUAGCUCAUGUAAACUUACAGAUGUCGCUUGCCGGCAUGGCAACGACGACACUUGCAGAGUUCGAGCAGCAGUAUUCACUACAAACAGCUGAGGUGACCGCAACAAUAGCUCGUCUUCCAUCAUUACCAGCAUCAGAUAGACCCGCUAGCGUACAAUCAGUGCAGAGGGUUCUUAGCGAUGUUGCCGAUCUCCUUGAACAGAUGGAAUUAGCAGUACGGGACUUGGCCUCUGGAAGUGCUGAAAGGAGCAAAUACGAGUUGAGAGUACGCAGUUACCGCAAUGAUAAGCGACUUCUGGAUGGAGAGCUUGAAAAGGCAGUCAAGCGUUUGAGAGAAUCAGCUGAUCGAGAAGAAUUGCUUGCAUACGACGAGGCAGUAGAAAUGGACCAGCAGGAAGAGCAAUUAAUAGCGAAUACGGAACGUCUAGAAAGAUCGUCACGAAAAAUUCAGGAUGCAUAUCGUAUGGCGGUGGAAACUGAACAGAUUGGUGCAGAAGUGCUUGGAAAUCUUUCUUCGCAAAGAGAGACAAUCGGCCGUGCACGUGAUAGAAUGCGUGAAGCGGACGUUGAAUUGGGUAGAAGUAAUCGCCUUCUAAACACAAUGAUCCGUAGAGUAAUCCAGAAUCGCCUAUUACUACUUGUUGUUGCCAUUCUACUGAUGUUUUCUCUACUAUUCUUAGUUUACAAGUCUCUAUAA